AUGUCAACUGAGCAAGUGACGGUGACCUGGUCAAACGCCAACGGCUGCGAUCCUACCGACGGGCGACCCGAGAUUCCAGUCCGGCUGCGCGAGGCAGGCGUGCUGCAGGCAGAUUUUGACAUGGUCCUGCAAGCGCUCGCGGACGCGGAGGAGUUCAAAUGCAAAGUUGCCCUCCCGAUCACGCUCGUGGUGUGGCCCGUCGGCCUGUGCCUCUUCUGUGUCAAGGAUCCCAACGCUGGCGUGGCUCCGUUCAACGAGAAGUACGAGGCGCAGCAGAUCAAGGUGCAACGUUCCAUUGGCACAUGGGGGUUCUUGUUUACUGUGCCAAGGGUUGACGUGGCUGUGGCUACCGCCGCGGUGGCGGCGCCCGUGGUCGCGGAGAUCGCGAGGGACGACCCUCAGCCCGACCCUGUCGAAACCCUCAAGAAGCUGACCGCCAUGCUCGACGAGGGGCUCAUCUCUCAGGCAGAGUUUGAUACGAAGAAGGCGGAGAUCCUGCAGAGGAUGUGA